CAGACGCGUUACACUUACAUGUCUGAGCCUCAGACUCGAGAUCCUCUACGUUCAGCACAGACCUCGUUCGCUCGAUGUCCGACCCGAGAGUCCUGAGCUCAUUCGCUGUAAAAUAACUAUGUAUAUUUCGAUUGCCUACUGUAUCCACAGUAGCGCAGUGGACUAGAAGCCCUGAGCCCACACACUCGGCAGUUCAACGGCGCUAUGCAGUCUACGGGGUCUGAGACACGAUUAACGGAACGGAUUUAACGACACUGGGCCGACGUACGUGUUAUGCGCGGAUCGAGGGGUACAUUCCAGAAUCCUGAGUACCCCCAAGUAUAUAGAUAACUCGGGCGAUCGCCCUUUUCUUUUUCUCGCACACCUAUACAAAUUUUCGCUCAAUACACUUGCAUACAUUCUUACUCCAACACAUACCCCCACUUCGACAUACGUACUCACCAAAAUGGCUUCCACCUCCUUCUACCAGGCCACUGUGCCCACCUUCAAGGGCAUCGCCAACAGCGCCGUUAGCUUCCUCACAGCAGCCAAGGAAGAGCAGUCAAAAAACAGCUCGCUGCCCUCUGGCCAAGAGCUUCUCAACGCCCAGCUCGGCGACAUGCUUCCCCUCCGCAUGCAACCCAUCCUCGUCUCCAAGUUCCCGCUCGAUGGCCUCACGACCCUGAAGAUCGCUGGAUCGGCCCCCCUGCCUAACCUGGACCCCUCUUCUUUCCAGUCCAUCGACGACGUCAUCAACUUCUUCAAGCAGUUUGCUGCUGUCUUUGACGCCGUUGAUGAGAAGACUUACAACGAGAGUGCCGAGAAGAGCCUCGAUGUGACUGUUGCGGGCAAGACUAUGACUAUGACUAGCUUAGCCGAGUACUACAACAGCUUCGCCAUUCCCAACAGCUACUUCCACCUCAACGCUAUGUACAUGCUAUUGAGGAGUAAGGGAUUCACCCUUGGCAAGGGCAUCUACGUCAAGCCUUUCUUCACCGAGCAGGCAAAGAAGGACUGGGCCCCGUUGAUGGGUUAGAAAGCGCAACAUGUUGAGCUGCGCGGUGUCUAUUUAGCGAGAAGACUAGAUGAUCAAUAGUACUCAUUGGAUAGAAAUGAAACAAAUGACAUCACAUCAAUCUAGUCGACAGAGUACAAC